CUCACGCAGUUCACGGAUAGUUUUAGUGGUCGAGUUAAAUCUUUUACAGUCUUAAUCAAAAUGUCUUGAUUUUGAAACAAAUCAAAAUAGACCAGCGAUCGUACUAGCAGUGUUUAUAAAAUUGAACCGAUUCCAAGUGAUGAAGUGAAGAACACUGUUUUUAGUGAAAAAAGUAAAUCGAAAAAACCUAAGGUUUGUGCAAAAACUGCAAACGAGUGCGUGCGCCUCUGUGCUGGAGAAGGUGAAAAAAUAUUGGGCUAGCCAGAAUCAGUUUGCAUGGGUGCAGCAGGAGGAAGCUGGAAAUUUGGACCUUUCAGAGCACGCAGAUAUCCAAUUUGUGUUUCGAAACCAAUUCAGGUUUAAUGAUCGAUAGGCUGGUGAAAUCAUUGGAAGUCUCAAGAAGAAAUGAAUAGAAGUGCAUAAUAGUGGUACUUCAACCGGCAGUCCAGCGUUCAGUGAUAGAGAGCGUUUUUAAUGAUUAGGACGAUCACCUUCGGACGAUGCUGCUGACGAUGCGCGAAUAAGAUUGGCUCUUCAGGUGUGACCAAUUUGAGUGCUGGAAAGAAAUGUGUUGCCCGGCUAGUUACUUUCUUGCAUGCUAGGUGAUUCGAGCGAGGCAAAUGCAAAACGACCAAUCAGAAAGUUGAUUGGAUGCUGAUACCUGGACCGGAAGCGGCUACGAUUUACGAUCCACUAUCAGGUUUAAGGUUUAUCUCCGCAGAGACAACUUCCACCGGUACAAAUCAGCCCGCAAAUUUUGCUGCUUUCUGGCAGUUAGAGAUAACAACCGAACGAAAGCUACCGCCAUAUUUUCGUGGUGAGGUGUAGAAAUAUUGGGCAGAUAGUAGCAUAUCACAGCGCAGACGGCAAUAAGCUUGUCGCACAGGCACAGGAGCACACCGCACCGGGGACACUGUCCUGUGUGUAUCAAAACAAUUUUACCAGUUGAACCACAGAUAUCCGCCAAUAACCUGUCGAGCGUUGUGCGUUACAUAAAACACAGGCACACAGCAAUAAAUCGAGCACGUCUAUCUAGGCCAUAUGGAUCUAGUGCCAAAAUUUUACAGAUUAAGAUUGAAACGAAACCGCAGUGACAGAAAAAAAUACAAUUCGGAUUGAAAAAGGAAUUUUAGAGUUUAGUAAGCCGAUAAAGUACUAGUCAUAUAUUUUACAAAUUGUAGUGAAUUGCUUAGAAACAAAAUUAAAUAUAUGUACAUAGUAUAACGAUAUUACUCAUUGCUUGGCACAAAAGAGAUUUUAUCAGAUUCGUCAUUGACGCGAGAUAAGAAGCAGCGAACGUUUUUAGAAAUCAAAGAUAAGCUAUUCGCAGUAAACAGUGAUGAUAACGGGGUAAGAGCGACAAGAUAAUACUAUUCCAUAAGAUUAUCUGCAAAGCAUGCCACAGUCCCGUUCGGUUUGAUGUGUGUUGUGUGUGCUUGUGAAGGAAGCAGCUAAGAAAUGGGUAACAAAAAUUCCUGCUGCUCGUACUCGAGUCCUCCGCCAACGCGCAAGGCUAAGGAGGUACCGGUAUUUGAAGAGCAUCUACCGGAAGGUGAACUUUCGACCAACAAUCUUCAGCACAUCUCCGAGCGCGAAGGUGACGAUGGGGAGCACGACCCUUCGGUGGAUCCCUCCGCGGGCACAAUGUUCCUGGAACGAUCGAAGCAAAGUCUGGAAAAUGGUAUGACUCGAAAGAGAUCCCAGCAUCAAAUAGCACCCCAAGGGGGAAUCGUCCUGAAGAAAAGUAGUUCUUGCUCGACAAUCUAUCUGGACGAUUCGACAGUUUCCCAGCCGAAUUUGAAGAACACAGUCAAAUGCGUCUCGCUAGCCAUCUACUAUCACAUAAAAACGCGCAACAGUGAGCGAAGGAUAGACAUAUUUGAUGAAAAAUUGCAUCCGCUUACCAGGGAUCCGGUGUCGGACGAUUACGACAAACAUAAUCCGGAACAUAGACAGAUCUAUAAGUUUGUUCGGACGCUGUUCAACGCCGCCCAACUAACAGCAGAAUGUGCCAUUAUCACUCUAAUUUACUUGGAAAGGCUACUCACGUACGCCGAAUUGGAUAUUGCGCCUUGCAAUUGGAAGCGGAUAGUGCUCGGUGCAAUUCUGCUUGCUUCCAAGGUGUGGGACGAUCAGGCCGUCUGGAAUGUAGACUACUGUCAGAUACUGAAAGACAUUACCGUGGAAGAUAUGAACGAACUCGAAAGGCAAUUUCUCGAACUGCUCCAGUUCAACAUAAACGUACCGUCGUCGGUGUACGCCAAGUACUACUUCGACCUGCGAACACUGGCCGAAGCUAACGAACUAUCAUUCCCAACGGAACCCCUCUCGAAGGAACGGGCCCAGAAGCUAGAAGCCAUGUCCAGAGUAAUGCAGGACAAGGCUACUGCCGAAGCACUGAAGAAUGGCAUGAAAAAGUGGUCCUCAAUCGACAACAUUCACCAGCAAGGCAACGUGCGACGGAGUGUUGCCAUUCUGUCGUGAUUCCGCAGUGCGGAGCGGCGGCAGGGAGCGUAGUGUUUGCAUGUUUUCUGUACUGUUCAUUCUAUGCCAACUCUGCUAGGGAUCGUAGUGUGUUAUUACUUAGCGGCGUAGAGUCGCGUCAGAUGUUUCCGUGAUGUGCAGCAACAGCAACAACAACAAAAUAAGAAGCAUGGCAAAUAAAGAAGCAUUAUGUGAAAGGUGAACCGAACGCGUGAUCAGAUUUUACAUGUAUUUUGUAUGUAUUUUUUACGACAGACAAAGAAUACCCAAAAUUCUAACAUAAGCAGCAAACUAUUUUGUACUGAUUGAUUCUAACUGUUACAGCAGCUUCGACAACAAGAACAAUUUAACAGGAAACGACCGGUGAUGGUGUUACUGAUGCCAUCUUUAUGCUUAUCCCAAAGGAGAAAUCUUAAUCGCAAAGUGUUACUAACUGAGUUCUGUGAGACCUCUUUUCUAUUUAAUUAAAUUCUAUGCAACGUCUAUCCAACAGUAAAAAAAGAAAUUCAAAGCAUUUGUUAUUAACCUGAAUUGUAUAAUCGGCCAAAAGGAAAUGUGCAUCAAACACUAAAAUAAAUCAAUCACAAAUAGAGAGUAUAAAUUGCUUUUAUUCAGUAAUAAACUCGCCCUCACUUGGGAUAAGCGAAAGUCGUUGCAGUGGUAAUAGAAUAGUGUCAGUAUGAAAGUAUCUGUGUCAAUUUUUUUCGAUGAGCCGAAGCACAAGACUGUGCAAUCGAUGUGAUGGAAGAAUCUUUUUGUAUCGUUGAAUAUUAAACACUAACAUGAAGCAUUAACACUUACCGAGUAAUUAUCAUGAUUCAUACGGCAUCUGACUACUUUCAUUGCAAAGCGCAUGGUAAUAAACGAUUGUAACUCAACGGUUUUCUAUAAAAUUGGCAUUUUUAUUUAAUUGCAAUGUGUAUUUUCAGAGUGGAGUAUUGCCCAAAAAUUGAAUUUAAUUUCUUUUUUGUAUUCAUGCCAAAUCUUUUCAAAUUUUGUGGUACCUUGAAAGCGCCACGCGCUCUAGGUGAUAUUUUCAUUGAUUUCUUCGAAUUGAGAUUGAAACUCUAAAAUUUAUGCAUGGAGUUCUGUUGCAGCAACAAAACUGUACGCAUAGAAUUUAGGGUUUUACUCUUUUACUUCGAUAAAAUCUAUGACAAUACCACCUCGUGCGCGGCGGCUGGUGCUUUCGUUGUAUUUGAUAAAACGAGCAAAGAUGUCAGAUAUUAAAUACGCAAAAACUAAAAAUCUGACUAGAUCUAACGGAAUUUAUUUGUUUUUAAAUACAUCGCCUAAUAAAAUCGCUAUUCCAUUCAACUAGUACGAAUCGCUUCGUGAUACCUUUUGCGCAAAUUUAGAAUAUUUGGGAAGCGUACGCGAUAUGUAUAGGAACCGCGAGUAUCCAACGGUCAAAUCGAAUAGACUAUAGGAACCUAACACAGAAUAACAAAACAAAAACAGCUCUGCAAUAUGAAGUGCGAACUUUGAAUCGAAAGCUAACAGAAGCAAACGGAAACCCGAAAGUAAUUAUAAUGCCGUCACUUUAGAGCAUAGCAUAAAAGAGAAAGAUUAACUACGCUGAGAAAAGCGAAACAAAAAUCUGAUUACAAUAGACUUACUCUUAGACACUUAGGAAGUAAACAAACAAAAGUGGUAGACUAGAGCAAAAAGCAGGUGAAUUUCCAAACGUGCAGAAGAACGGCACACAUGAUGAUGAAAGUAAGUAAUUGAAAUUGGAAUUUCAGGUCAAGUAAUGAUAAACGGUGUCCGAAUGUGCGAAAAAGACUACGCAAUGAGAAUGAAAGAAGCCGUGUGUAGGGCGUUUCCUUAGAAUAGGAACAGAAACGAAGGCGCACUUUGCAUCUUAAAGGUUUCGUUUGGUUAUGUUGGUUUUAAAGUAUUUUCUAAAAAAAAGGAAAAAAACCGUAAUGGAUCCUAAAUAAAAGCAUGAACUCUAAUCAGUAGUGGUAGGCCGGUAGCAAGAUAAGCCAAUAACAUUCAUUAAUGUCCUGUUAGUCAACGCAAACCAUUGCUGCAAAAUGAAGCAAGAAAAGAGCGGAAAAAGUAAAAUCAGAUUGAGCAGAAACUAAUCUAUAGUUUUGUGAUAUCGAAAUGAUUGAUCAGAGACUAUUUCAAGAGUAUCGUACCAAUUUAUAUGUAACUUAAGCUAUUGCGAGAAGAUACAGCAUAUAUGGAAAUAAAAAGAUGUAAAAGCAGCUGUCUUUU